AUCCUCACCGCGCCGCCUAACGUCAAGAUGCCCAAAGUUUACAAGCCCGGAAAAGUCGCCAUCGUCCUACAGGGCCGCCAGGCAGGCAAGAAGGUUGUUGUUAUCAAACAACUCGAUGAGGGAACCAAGGAGCGACCAUACCCCCAUGCCAUCGUUGCCGGCAUCGAACGCUACCCGCGAAAAGUUACACGGACUAUGGGUGCCAAGAAACUACAGCGGAGAAGCCGCGUUAAGCCUUUCAUUAAGGUGAUUAAUUACUCGCAUCUAUUCCCCACACGUUACGCUUUGGAGUUGGAGGGCUUGAAGAACUCCGUAGCUGCUGAACACUUCAAGGAGCCGUCACAACGGGAGGAUGCACGGAAGACCAUCAAAAAGCUGUUCGAGGAGCGUUACCAGACCGGAAAGAACAAGUGGUUCUUCCAGGCCCUUCGUUUCUGAUCGCUCCUUUUUAUAUUUGUGGUGCUUGGGAGACGACUUGGCAAAACUACAUGUACACCACAUAUGUCCCUACAUGACACAUGCUUUCUAUGCACCAUUGCAUGAUAUUUCUACGUGGACGUGAUGCUUGGUGGUAUAUCGGUGUGACUACUGUAACGUGCAGGCGCAAGUCAUGCAAGUCGCUAAUCAUUUAACCUAUCAUAAAUUCAUUUCGGAAUUUGUGAAAAAAUCGUCGUGCGUCGUCGACUUGGAGUGUAGCAAUGUAACACCAGUCAUCCGAGAA